AUGGGCUCGCUGCACCUGUUAGCUUACGCCAAUGUUAAUGGGCGAGCGCUGGGUACAGAUUUUGGCGCCAAUAAUAAGGACUGGUUCUGGGAAUCCGCCGGCCAAGUUAAUCUUCCUGCAGGCGAGACAAAGCUUGUCUUGCACGAUCUGACAGGAUUCUGCGGACGCUGCGACGCCAUCUUCUUCAGCCGUGACAAGAGACCUCCACCACCGGGAGCCGACGGGGUAGCACGAUCAUGGCGACGCCAACUCCUUGGCUUGCCCGAUAAGCCGGUGUCUGUAGAAAGCUUCGACGUCGUUGUGAUUGGAGGCGGCAUCCCAGGGGCCGCUGCUGUUCUGACAGCAGCCCAAUUAGGCCAAAGGGUGGCUCUCGUCCAUAACCGGCCUUAUUUGGGAGGCAAUGCGAGCCUAGAGAUCGGACUCAGCCCGCGUGGCAUCAUUGGACCAGUGGUCGAAAAGAUUUCCAAGCGCACGCCUACUGGUGACUUGAAAGCGCGGCAGCUGCUAGAGGCUGAGCCUAAUGUUACCAUGUUCCUCAAGUACACCGUCUACGGCACAGUCGUGUCGGAGUCAAAGAUCACCUCGAUUGAUGCUCGCGAUGCUCGAAGCGGGAGAGAAAUUCGCCUUUCCGCACCAGUUUUUAUUGACUGCUCUGGAAGAUCUAUCCUUGGGCUUCUAUCUGGAGCCGAGACGCUCUAUAGCGAAGAGUCUCGUGCAGAGUAUGGCGAAGGCAUGGCUCCAGCGCAGGGCAGCAAUAUACAUCACGGGAAUACCGUCUUCUUCCGCACCAAGGAUGCUGACUCGCCCGUGCCUUUCCCCGCUGUGCCGUGGGCAACCGAGGUUGCAAAGGACUUUUGCGAUCUCAGUGGUCAACUGAUUCAGCCAUGUUUCGAAAACGGACCGGGUCCCAAGGUUGAAAGAACGGAAAAUUCGCCCAGCCUACAGUUGCCUAGGCGAAUGGCCUUACCCCUGACUCAUUUUUGGGAAUACGGUCAGCAUCUAGGCCCUUAUACGCAAGGCGAGCAUAUCCGCGAUCACCUGCUGCGCGCAAUUUACGGCACUUUUUCUAAUGUCAAGACGAAUAAUCCCGAAACCUAUGCCAAUCUCGAGCUUGAAUGGGUUGCUUUUGUACCCGCUAGUGGCGGCUACCGACGAUACAAGGGCGACUAUGUUCUCAACGAAAACGAUAUUCGCACUCACAGAAAAUUUCCCGACGCUGUCGUGCAAAACGACGGGGCCUUCUGUCUACACUACGGGGGGGAUGCAAAGUACAACUUUCGCCUCAAGUUCUGGGAGUGGGACAAUCGAGACGGGGAACUAUACGAUAUCCCAUUUCGAUGUCUCUAUUCUGUUAAUAUUAACAACUUAAUAAUAGCGGGCAAGCAUGUUAGUGCUACUUAUAUAGCGGGCUCAAAUAUCAAGUUUAUGGGCAAUGGCGGACAGCAUGCGAUUGCAACAGCAGUUGCUGCUCAGUUGUGCAAUAAAUACAACACUACGCCUCGUGGUGUCUACAAGAACCACCUGGAGGAGCUUCGAGCUAAGGUGUUGAAUAUGGCCGGAAAGAAAAACUGCGCCGAGGAAAGUCAUUUGUGA